AUGGCGCAGCUGCGGGUUUCAAGAUAAUCAUCAACCGCUACAGCUGCGACAGACACAGGGGCAUUAUUGUACAGCAGCAGAGAAAAAGGAGCACAGGCAUAUAAGAGCAAAUUAACAAACGCAACAGGAGAAAGGCUGCAAAUACAUGCACCGGCUUUUACAGAACCGAGCUUAAAGGACAAUGGAAGAGGAAUGUGCUGCAAGAGGGUUAAAUAAAUACAUAGAUAAAUAAAUAAAUAAACGCUGCAGCAUUGACAGAAGAUUCCCAUACACAGCUGGGGAGAGAUUACCGAUAACAAACACAUUGCACAACUAUACCUUACUUAGCAAGACAGACAUCGAGGACGUGCAGGGGGAACAGGGAGGAAAACACGGUGUUUUAUUUAUUUAUUUUUUCAUUUCAUUUAUAUUUUAUUUGUGCACAGUUGAACAAAUGAACACGGAGCUGUGAGAUUAGUGUAACUUCGAAUAUUUCUUUUCCAUGAAAACGGGUAAAUUACUCUGAUUUCUUGGGAAUUUUACCAGGAUCAUGUGGACACCCACAGAAGAAGAGAAGAUUGGUGUUGUGAUCUGCAGUUUCCGUGGAUCAGUGGCGCAAGGUUUGUCUCUGGAGAUCGGAGAAACCGUGCAGAUCCUGGAAAAAUGUGAAGGAUGGUACAGAGGGUUUUCCACCAAGAAACCAACAGUAAAGGGGAUCUUUCCAACCAACUAUGUUCACUUGAAGAAAGGGAUUGUCAGUAACAGUGGGCAGUAUGAGACAGUGGUCCUGCUGGAAGACUCGAUUGUGACUGAGGUGACAUCCACUCUGCAGGAAUGGGCCUUUUUGUGGAAGCAGCUGUAUGUGAUAGCACCGGAAAGAGUUGCAGCAAUAAAGAAAAACAAGGUGGACCUUUUCUACAAGCUGCGCCACGUGAUGAAUGAACUCUUUGACCUGCGAAGACAGCUGCUCUCGGGUCACCUGACCCAGGACCAGAUUCGAGACGUCAAGAGACACAUCACUGUGCGCCUGGACUGGGGGAACGAGCACCUAGGCUUGGACCUGGUCCCCAGAAAAGAGUUUGAGAUGGCAGAUGCAGAACAGAUCAGCGUCUCGGACCUCUACAAAAUGCAUUUAUCCAGCAGACACAGCGUGCAGCAAAGCACAUCACAGGGGGACAGCAUGCGUCACCGCCAUGGGGAGGCUUGCCGGAUCCCAAUCCCUCACCAUCUCUUCCUCAAUUUGAAGAGUUUCACCUACAACACCAUCGGAGAAGACACUGAUGUCUUCUUCUCUCUCUUUGACAUGAGGGAGGGUAAACAGAUCAGCGAGAGGUUCAUGGUGAAACUGAAUAAGAAUGGAGGACCUAAAAACCCUGAGAAGAUAGAUCGCCUAUGUGCCCUCUUCACGGAUCUGAGCAACAGGGACAUGAAACGGGACCUGUAUAUAGUUUCUCACGUCAUCAGAACUGGGCGGAUGUUGUUGAAUGAUUCUAAGAAAGGUCCGGCCCAUGUGCAGUACCGUCGCCCCUACGGCUGUGCAGUGCUGAGCAUGAGCGACAUACUGCAGUCCAUCUCCGAGCUCAAAGAGGAGAAAGACUUUGUGCUUAAAGUUUACACCUGUAACAAUGAAAAUGAAUGGUGCCAAAUCCACGAAAAUAUAAUCCGCAAGUCCAGCACCAAGUACACAGCACCCAGCACCAACUAUGGUCUGAUCAUUUCCCUGCAGCUGCUGCGGGGGGAGAUGGAGCUGAUCCGCAGAGAGAACCCAAUGAUCUUCAACAGAGGCGUGGCUGUCACCCGCAAACUGGGCUUCCCUGAUGUCAUCAUGCCUGGUGACAUUCGGAAUGACCUAUACCUGAUCCUGGAGCGAGGUGAUUUCGAGAGGGGUGGGAAGAGCGUCCAGAAGAACAUCGAGGUCACUGUGUACGUUCUCUACGCGGACGGAGAAAUACUCAAGGAUUGUAUCAGCCUCGGCUCUGGGGAGCCCAGUGUGAGUGAGCACCGCUCCUUUGUUCUGUACCACAACAACAGCCCGCGCUGGGGCGAGAUCAUCAAGCUGCCUAUUCCUGUGGACCGCUUCCGAGGCUCGCACCUGCGCUUCGAGUUCAGGCACUGCUCCACAAAAGACAAGGGGGAGAAGAAGCUGUUUGGCUUCGCGUUUACUCCUCUGAUGAGGGAGGACGGCACCACUCUGUCAGAUGAAAGCCAUGAACUCUACGUUUACAAGUGUGAUGAGAACAGCACCUUCAGUAACCAAGCACUCUACCUGGGCCUGCCUUGCUGUAAGGAAGAUUUCAAUGGCUGUCCCAACAUCCCGUCCAGCCUUAUCUUUCAGCGCAGUGCCAAAGAGAUGCUCUGGAUCUCCACCCAGCUCUCCUCCACCAAGCUCACACAGAACGUGGAUCUCCUGGCCCUGCUGAAGUGGAAGGCUCAUCCAGACAGACUGAUGGACAUCCUGGGAAGGCUGCGGCAUGUCAGUGGAGAGGAAAUUGUUAAAUUCCUUCAGGAUAUUUUAGAUACACUGUUUUCCAUUCUAGAUGACAACACAGACAAAUACGGGCCUUUGGUUUUCCAGUCGUUGGUGUUCAUCAUCAAUCUACUCCGGGAUAGUAAGUACUAUCAUUUCCGGCCAGUCAUGGACACUUACAUCCAGAAGCACUUUGCAGGAGCACUGGCUUACAAGGAGCUGAUCCACUGUCUGAAGUGGUACAUGGAUCGCUCGGCCGAAGUUAUUCGCCAGGACCACAUCCAGGAGGCCAUGAGGGCUCUGGAGUACCUGUUCAAGUUCAUUGUCCAGUCGCGGAUCCUCUACUCUCGAGCCACCUGCGGGAUGGAGGAGGAUCAGUUCAGGCUGAGCAUCCAGGAGCUCUUCCAGUCCAUCCGCUUCGUGCUGAGCCUGGACAGCCGUAGCUCCGAAACCCUCAUCUUUACACAGGGCCCCCAGCCGCCACAUGGACAGGCAAUCGGAGCAGUGAACUGUGUGCAGCCCUGGAGCGGGAACGCUCCAAGGCCAUCGCCUUUAUCUGCGGCUCUUCUAAACUCCUUUCCUACCAUCUUCGAUGAGCUGCUGCAGAUGUUCACGGUGCAGGAGGUGGCAGAGUUUGUCCGGGGAACGCUAGGGAGCAUGCCCAGUACAGUCCACAUCGGGCAGUCCAUGGACGUGGUCAAGCUACAGUCAAUCGCUCGCACUGUGGACAGCCGACUCUUCUCAUUCCCAGAGUCUCGUCGCAUCUUGCUCCCGGUGGUGCUCCAUCACAUCCACCUCCACCUGCGGCAGCAGAAGGAGCUGCUCAUCUGCUCAGGGAUCCUCAGCAGUAUCUUCUCCAUCAUCAAGACCAGCUCACUGCGUGACCCAUGUGUCUGUGUCCUCCAGGAGACCUCGGUGCAGGAGGAGGUGGAGAUGAUGGUGGAGAGCCUCCUUGAUGUCCUCCUCCAGACUCUGCUCACCAUCUUGAGUAAAUCCCAGUCUCAGGAGGCGGUAAGAGGCCAGCGCUGCCCGCAGUGCACGGCUGAGAUCACUGGAGAGUAUGUGUCCUGUCUGUUAUCUCUGCUUCGCCAGAUGUCGGAAAUCCAUUAUCAACAUCUACUGGACAACUUCCAGAGUAAAGAGGAGCUAAAGGAAUUUCUGUUGAAGAUCUUCUGUGUAUUCCGUAAUUUAAUGAAGUUGAGCAUAUUCCCUCGUGACUGGAUGGUGAUGCGGCUCCUCACCAGCAACAUCAUUGUCACUACUGCCCAGUAUCUAUCCCCAGCCCUCCAUAAGAACUUCACAGAGGCAGACUUUGAUUUCAAGGUAUGGAAUUCCUACUUCAGCCUGGCCGUUCUGUACAUUAACCAGCCCAGCCUGCAGCUGGAGACCCUAACUCCUUCCAAGAGGAAGAAGAUACUGGACAAGUAUGGAGACAUGCGAGUGAUGAUGGCUUAUGAACUCUUCGGCAUGUGGCAGAACCUUGCAGGGGAAAAUAAAAUCCACUUCAUUCCCGGGAUGAUCGGCCCAUUCCUGGGGGUGACGCUGGUGCCGCAGAACGAAGUACGAAACAUCAUGAUCCCCAUCUUUCAUGACAUGAUGGACUGGGAGCAGAGGAAGAAUGGCAACUUUAAACAAGUGGAGGCAGAGUUAAUCGAUAAGCUGGACAGCCUUGUGUCGGAGGGAAAGGGAGACGAGAAUUACCGAGAGCUCUUCAGUCUGCUAACCCAGCUCUUUGGGCCCUAUCCUAGUCUGCUGGAGAAAAUCGAACAAGAAACCUGGCGGGAAACCGGCAUCUCUUUUGUUACCUCGGUAACGAGGCUUAUGGAGCGUCUCCUUGACUACAGAGACUGUAUGAAAGGAGACGAGACCGAGAAUAAAAAGAUUGGGUGUACCGUCAACCUGCUGAACUUCUAUAAAUCAGAAAUCAACAAGGAGGAGAUGUAUAUCCGCUACAUCCAUAAGCUGUGUGACAUGCACCUGCAGGCCGAGAAUUACACAGAGGCUGCGUUCACCCUGCUGCUGUACUGGGAGCUGCUGCACUGGGAGGACAGGCCACUCAGGGAGUUUCUGCACUACCCGACCCAAAGUGAGUGGCAGCGGAAGGAGGGCCUGUGCCGCAAAGUCAUCCACUACUUCAACAAGGGCAAGUGUUGGGAAUAUGGGAUCCCCCUUUGCCGGGAGCUUGCCAGCCAGUAUGAAGCUUUGUAUGACUAUCAGAGUCUCAGCUGGAUUCGGAAAAUGGAGGCAGCGUAUUAUGACAACAUCAUGGAACAGCAGCGUCUUGAACCCGAGUUUUUCAGGGUCGGCUUUUACGGCAGGAAAUUUCCAUUCUUCCUGAGGAACAAGGAGUUUGUCUGCAGGGGCCAUGACUAUGAGAGGCUGGAAGCCUUUCAGCAGAGAAUGUUGGGAGAGUUCCCACAAGCCAUUGCCAUGCAGCAUCCCAACCAACCUGACGAGACCAUCCUGCAGUGUGAUGCACAAUAUCUGCAGAUCUACGCAGUCACCCCGAUCUCAGAGAAUGCGGACGUGCUGCAGAUGGACCGGGUCCCCGAGCGCAUCAAGAGCUUCUACCGCAUCAACAACGUCCACAGGUUUCGCUAUGACAGACCUUUCCACAAGGGACCCAAAGACAGGGACAACGAGUUUAAGAGUCUCUGGAUUGAGAGAACUACCCUGAUCCUGACCCGCCCGCUACCUGGCAUCUCCCGCUGGUUUGAAGUGGAAAAGAGAGAAGUGGUGGAGGUGAGCCCUUUGGAGAACGGCAUCUAUGUUGUGGAGAAUAAGAACCACGAGCUGCGGACCUUGAUAAGCCAGUACCAGCACAAGCAGCUGCACGGCAACAUCAACCUGCUCAGCAUGUGCCUGAACGGGAUGAUCGAUGCAGCUGUCAACGGGGGCAUUGCCCGCUACCAAGAGGCUUUUUUCGAUAAGGACUACAUAACCAGUCACCCUGAAGAUGCAGAGAAAAUCACACAACUCAAAGAGCUCAUGCAGGAGCAGGUGCAUAUCCUGGGUAUGGGGCUGGCAGUGCAUGAGAAACUGGUGCAUCCAGAAAUGCGUCCCUUACACAAGAAGCUGAUUGAUCAGUUCCAGAUGAUGAGAAGCAGCCUUUGUCAUGGUCUCCCUGGCUUGGAGAAGAUCAGUCCAGCCUGUUCAGGAGCGAGCACGCCACGGGGCAGUAUUCUGGCGUCCCACAGCCCUUUGAGUCCCGAGAGCAUCAAACUGGUCCACAGACACAGCCCACUGAACCUGCUGGGAUCAAUUCGACACUCCUCCUCGUCCCUCUCCUCACACACCUCCAGUGAGACCGGGAACCUUGUCAUCCUGACUGACGGGCUGGUGGGGGAAACCUCUGAGGAUAUGUACCGAAUGCAGGCAAGCCCCUCUUCCUCCAGCCUGAGCUCCACCCACUCUGCACCAUCACAGCUGAUCAACUCCGCCCCUUCCAGUGCAAGAGGUUCCCCUUCACUGCCAGACAAAUACCGGCACAACAGAGAGAUGAUCAUGCUGCUGCCACCCCACCGCGACCGGCCCAGCAGUGCCAUGUACCCAGCAAUGACCGAGAAUGGACAGGUAGGGGCUGGCAACAGCCAAACCCAGCACCUGAUUCCAACCAAUUUCCAGCGGGCCCUGAUCCAGCAGGUAAUUGGCCCCUGCAAACCCUGCAGCGAUCCAAACCUUUCAGUUGUAGAAAAAGCAGUCCCUACAGCUCCCAGCAGCUGGAGCCUCGACAGUGGAACCCGAGAAGCGAUGCCAUUCCUGUCUGCACAUGUCGGAAGUAUAAUGGUCCCACCAGUACCACCUCGAACCAUACCCCAUGGGCACUUUUCGAUGCACUUUGAUGCUUUCCACCACCAGAUCAGCGACCUCCCUCCAGCUCUCCCUGCGCGCUCUUUGAGAAAGUCCCCCCUGCACCCGAUACCUGCCUCUCCCACCAGCCCGCAUUCUGGCCUGGACGGCAGUAGCUCCACCUUGUCAGGCAGCGCCAGCAGUGGCGUGUCCUCCCUGAGCGAGAGUAACUUCGGGCAUUCCUGUGAGCCGCCAGUCCACACAGACACCAUGGACUCUGUCCCCAGCCAGUCCUGGACCAUCGACGAGGACGUGGAGUCGCCCUACCUGCCCGUCCGUUACAGCAUCUCUGAGCCUGAUGUGCUGGAGCCCAUGAAGCCCCCUCCCUGCCGUAGCCACUCUGCCCCCAGUGGGGUCAACCCCCACCAUGACCCCCCCACCCUGCCCCCCAAACCCUACAUGGGCCGGGGGGAGGGGUGCAUCCCUGAGGAGGAGAUGCGGCCCAGGCCCAUGCCCCGCAAGAUCUCCCAGCCCCUUCUGAGUUGCAAGGAGGAGCAGGCUAAGGUUGCAUGGGAGCAUGGAAUCAAGGAGGAGUAGGCAUGGGGAAAGGUGUUAGUGUGGGGAGGGGGUUGGCUUCCUCAGUCCUGAGCCAGCUCUUCAUUCCUUUCAUUUUAACAUAUUACCAUUUUAAACACCCAUAGAAGGUAUGAAAAAGCUAAUUGUCAUUUAUAAACCCCUAUCAUGUAUUUGUAAAAAUAUAUACACGAAUUGUCACGUCAGUAGAUACGUUUUUAUAAAGUUUUCCAUCGACCUAUUUAAAUUGCUGGAUUCAAUGGUUUAUUUUUCACAACAGGAUUGAGGUUGUUAUAUGAUACUGCACUAUAUUCCUGUAUUGUUUAGAUUCUCAUCAUUCCUCAAGACUUUAUCAGUCGAUGGAAGUUAUCCAAAAUACUCAGGAAGCAAUUCCACACAGCACUGUAGAAAGUACAAUGCAGGCGCUUUUGAACACAGAUACCCCACAGCAGCACACACACCACUUCCAUCAUUUUGACCUGGGAAUGGACAGAGAUGCAUUCCGAAUACAAUGUAACAUUGUAAAAUAAACUUUUUAAAAAGUACCUUACAAUACAGGUUAUACUGUAGUUUUGUUCCCGUGUGAGAGUAUAACUGAAAUCCAUACCUUUUUUGAAACAGAGGAAUGCACUUUAAAUUUGGUAUCUCCCCAUUUGCCAAUCUACUUAAUGCUGCAAAACCUAAGUAGAAAAAAAAACAAAACUAAAGAAAUAUUAAGUAGGGUUUAUGUUCCAGAUUACUUUCUCAUGUAUGUAUUCCUCUCAUGUAUAAAUAUUAAACUAAAGAUACGGCACUGAAAUGCAUACCAGUUUAUGAACAAUCACUUAAAGCAACAGAGUCACACAUGGGUUAUGCCCCAAGUCACCUGGAAUAUUCAGACAUUUCAAAUCAUUAAUCCAGUACAUAUUAGAAUCCAGUGUAAGUUCUGGUCUACAGUACCGAUUACUACGGCUUAAUGGAAUUCAAAAUAAAGUUCUUACGUAGCACUUAAAUUGAGUGAGAUUGGAGUGAUGGAGCUAAAAGUAGGAGAAAGAAUGCUAUGCAUCCAGUACGUAGUAGUUUUCUGUACUGUAUAUAUGUAUAUAUAUAUAUAUAUAUAUAUAUUUAUAUAUAUAAAACUAAAUAUGUAACUGCAUAUAUUUAAAAAUUAUAACUAGCUUCUUGGGACUGAGGAGGAAAAGGGAAUCUCAGAUUUAUGCAAGAUUUAAGGUAUGAAGCUAUGUUUUUGACUGCUUAAUAAUAAGCAAGACUCAGUGGAAAUGUUUUACUGAAUACAUUAUUUUUAAGAUAUUUAAGAGAAGGAACACAACCUUCCUGCCGUAAAUAAAUAUUUCCUUUUUUUUUUGUAAAAAUUGUUCUGUGAGCAUGCUUUUUAUUUGUGGAAAACGUGAAUACUGCCCUGCAGUUCAACUAGUUUUCCUGUCCAGCGCGACAAUGCUGUGGCUUGGGAAAACAUUCGGUUGUACAGAAUUAUCAUUUUUAUAACAUGUCUGUAUUUAGGGUUGUUUUCCUGUGAAACAAUUCCAAUUCAUGAAACAAAUCUUACUAUUGCACAUUGACAAAAUCUAACUGUGCUUUGCAUCAUAACAUCCAUUUUAUACCAUGGAGGGGGUUAUCUCUGCCAUCUAUGAAAAUGUUUAGUGCUGUUACCUGCUGCUGAAUACCAUUAAGCUGCUUCGAUGGACAUUUCAAUCCUAGUUAUCUGUCAUGCUUCCUCAAGUUUGUCAGAGUUGCGUGUUGUACGAGUGGCUUUGCUUAAUCAUGGUCAGAUCAGAGGUUGAAAAGUUAUUUACCAAAACCUAGCGAUUGCCACUUUAAAAUUGGUAAUUAUAUACCAUUCCACAGAUAAGAUAAUGCACAUUCAGUUACUAUAGAGAAUUACUAUAUUACUAUUAUGAACAUUUCUCGAAAUCAUUUUUGUGUUUUUAAUGUUAGUGUUCAGAAAGUGCCAGGGCACUGUUAGUCAAUUUUGUUCUCACUGUACUCAGAAACAAUUAUGGUUUCUUCAUUUCAGCCACACACUCUUUUAGGUUACAACGACUAGAUUUGUAUACAGCAAAUACUGCUAUGUAACUAAAGUGAAAGCUACCAGUAUAUCUCUACCCUAGGGCCCAGGUCAUUAAUAUUCUAACUAGACCAAGGGAUUUUUCAUUAGCUAAAUACUGACAUCUAGUGGGAAAUAGAAAAAUGACACCAAGAUAACAUAAAUAACAGUAAUGUUUGCAAGGUAAAAACGACUAAAUAAACCAAGCCUUUGAAGUAUUACAAAGCAAACUUAAUUCAGGUUAAAUACUUGUCAUUCCAGUUAAAAAAAAAAAAAAGUAAAUAAAUAUGAAA